AUGAAAAUUGUUUUGUGUUCUGAUUUGUGUAAUGUUACUCAAAUUGAAAUGUUUUCAAUGCUUGAAUGGGUACAGACAAUCCCAGCAUUUUCAUCACUUCAUUUACCUGACAAAAUGCUUUUACUUAAAAGAUUUGCUAUGCCUUGUAAUGUAAUAGAAUAUGGAUAUUUUACUGCACAAAUUGGACUAGAUGAUGUUUGGCUAAUUUCUAAUGGUACUUGUAUGCCUAGAAGUGUUAAUGUUUUGCCUGAUGAAAGCAAGACAUUAGUAACAGAAGAUAGAAAAUGGAGACAAGAAAAAUUAUAUAAACAAAUGACUGAUAGAUGUAUUGAUGGUUUAGUUAUUCCUUUAAGAAGAUUACAAUUAACACCUGAAGAAUUGGUUACGUUAAAAAUACUUUUGCUUUUUAGCUGUGGAAAUCAUACACAAAAAGAAGAAGCAACUUCAUUUAUCAGUGACGAAUCUAGAAAAAUUGCUUUAGAAUGGAAAAAUAAAGUAAUUGCUGCCCUCUUUCAAUUUUAUCGUUCUAUUGGGCAUAAAUCGGCAGCUGAACGUUUUGGAAAUGUUAUUUUAUUAAUUUCUGGAAUUGUUUCUGCAGCAACAUUAGAAUCUUAUCAAAUUAUGCGUUUAUUUAAAUUUGCCAAUUUUGAUAGAGUUUCUGAACAAUUACUUUUUGAUAUAGAUUGA